AUGGGAAAGGUUGCAAAGUGUUGUCAGUUGUCUUUUGCCGUCAUCUUUCUCGGAAGUGGCGGCUACCUCAUCUGGCACUUUCUAGGUCGGCCUGAAUCAGGGACCCAGCUGAGGGACUCCCUCAAUAACAUUGAUUUCGGUGAUUUCACCAAUGUUUGGGACAACUUGACCAAUGAUGCCUUUGAUGAUCUCUUGAAGAGUGAUGCCGAUCCUUCCGUUGGAGACAACACUACCUACGAAUGGGAGAACGACAAAAAUGGUCUCAGCUUGGAGGUGUACAACGCAUUGGAUGAUACUUGGCAAGGAGAGUACGAGAUUGCUAUGGGUGACUGGGAGAACGGAACCCCGGACAGCCUGACAUUGACUAGCACAAAAGUUACCGUUGAUCGUGCUUGUACACCAGUCGAUGGCGUGAUGAAGGUCUGCAGUGGCAACUACGGAGAGACUGGUUGGCUUGGUAUCAACGAACUUAUCAUUCUCAAUAGAAGAACGAUUAAGAACAGUGUCGCCAAAAUGAACGAGUUCUACCUUUUGAACGCUGAUGCCGACAAGAGACGCUAUGUCAUGUGCCACGAGAUUGGACAUGGUUUUGGAUUACCGCAUACCGACGAACAAUUUGACAAUCGAGAUUUAGGGGACUGUCUUGACUACACCAACACACCUCGGAACAAUCUUCUCCCUGGGGAAGUGAACUACAACAAACUACAGGUGCUUUAUGGCACAGUGGGUGGUGGUGGACGCAAGUUGCGAGCAAAGGAGGUCGAGCCCACUGACAUUCUCGGAUUCAGUCCCGAGUUACUUGCCGAAUACAACAAGGCAAAGCGUGAACUCGAAAACAUCUCCAGGACACACUCCAGAAGGAGGCGCCAUUUGAACGAACAUGUAGGCGAUGGCCAUGAGAUCUACAGCCGAAAAUUGGACGACGAACACACGCUCCAGGUUCAAGUGCACUAUGUUUGA